AACAGUGUUGUUGAAAAAUGUCCGAGGAGUGUGAAUUGGUAUAUACCUUCGUGUCACACUGUUGCUGAAAAUAUAUAAACUUUGCUUUGUGUUAUCUAAGGAUACCACGUUGUAUAUGAUAAAAGUUUUCCCAGUACAAAAAAAAACAAGUUCAAGUUACAUUCUGAUGUUUCGUUCUUCCAGAAAAAAACAAUAUUUUUAUGGGGAAUAUUUUUGAAUAUUACAUUGUUCAUACUAAAAUAAAUAACUAGUAUGUACUUAUUUUUUCAGAUGGAAUCGCGAUCUAAGAGGAUCCUUGAACUUGCAAUGGCAACCGAGAAAUCUAACAUUCCCGUUCUAAUGACUAGGAUAGAUAAUAGCACAUUAUACAUACGGAAUGGAACUUCAAACAUAGAGGACUCAUUGUUAACAGAAGGAAAAGUUGACUUAACAGUUCCGAAUCGUAGUCGUUGUGAUUCGACUAGCAGUAGUUCGUCUAGUGACUUGUCAACCAGCUCAUCAAGCCCUUUCAGUGAAGGUAAUUUUAUGUAUUCAAUUAAUGUGCAUUUCACUGUAAUCAAAAGCAUUUAAUUUUUUUACCUAAUUUGCCUAAUUUUAGUAAUAUUCUAUUCAAUGUAAUCAAAAGCAUUUCAUUUUUUACCUAAUUCUGGUACCUAAUAUUCUAACCAUAAUUUUCUUUACAAAUAGCGACGACUCCGUAAAAGACCCAGACUAUGAAGAUGUAGAACUAAGACAUCGUAAUUGAAAAAAUGCUUCAUGUUCUGACGAAUAAGAUUUAGCUAUUAGCACAAGAAAUCAAGACAAUAUUUUAUGUGAAAGUGUGAAUCAGCUACCUAGGGAAGAUCAUGAAAUGAUACUUAAUAACCUUAUACCAAAUUAUAAUAUUGACUUUAAUACCAUGGAACAAGUUCAGGUAUACUUUUUAAGGGACCCGACAGUUCACAAAUGUUCAAAGAUUGUUGUAUGGUAUAUACAGAUGCAUCAAAAAAUAUUGAAGGUGUGGGGUGUGCCUAUUGGGAUAGCAGUAAUAAAAUUAGUAAAAUGUUCAAACUAAAUUCUAUUAUGAGUAUAUACACAGCUGAAUUAAUAGCGAUAAUAGAAGCACUAAAAUAUUUAUCUAAUAUAAAUCAUUCAAAGUUUAUAAUUUAUAGUGACAGUAAAAGUUCUCUAAGUAAAAUUAGUGCUAUAAAUCCUAAAUCAAAAGUGAACUACAUUGAAUUAUUUAUAAUAAAUAAAAUUAAAGAACUUCAGCAACAAGGAAAGUCUGUUAAGUUAGCAUGGGUUAAAAGCCACUGUGGAAUAACUGGAAAUGAAAUGGUAGAUGAAUUGGCUAAAAACACGGUGACAAAAGGAGUAUUAACACAUUAUCUUUGUACGUCUAGAGAUCUUGAAUCAGAUUUAUUCAAAGAGCUCAAGAAAGAAUGGAACGAAAGGUAUAUCGAUGAGAACAUAAAUACAGGAAACCACUACAGAUCAAUCAGAAACUAUAUAACAGAUAAACCUUGGUUUUCUAAAAUAGAGUCGACAAAGGAUAUGACAAGAACCAUAUGCAGAAUGAGAUUUAAUCACUGUCUUACACCAUCAUAUAUAUAUUUAAACUUAAUAUAGCUGAUAGCCCUCAAUGUAUUUGUGGUCAGUUUGGUAACCUACAACACAAAAUUUUGACCUGUUCUCUUAUUUCUAAUAAAGUUAAUAUGUUUUUAAAUCCACUGUAUUCUUUGACUGAUGUCCACCAUCCCAUUAAUUUAAAUUAUUUAUUAACAUUAGAAAAUAAUGAGUUGGUAUACCGACUAUUGUAUAAACAUAUUUUAGAUAUUAAACUUAAAUUGUAAUUGUAAAAUAUAGAGUAAGUAUUUCUU